GAUAAAUAAAAAUUAAUUAAGUUGUUUUCUUUUUAAAUCUUGUUUGAGUACAAAUAUUAAGUUCAUUGGUGGAGAGGAAUGCUUGUAGAUUCCACUUCUCUUUACUUUUUUCUCUUCUUCUCUCUUUUUCUUCUUCUCUGUUCUUGUUCUUGAAGAUGGAGAGUUACAAGUGCAGGGUUUGCUUUAAGAGCUUCGUUAAUGGAAGAGCUUUAGGUGGUCACAUGAGAUCUCACAUGCCGAGUCUUCAUGUUGAUGAAGAUGAAGAACAAAGGCCGAGUCAACUCAGUGAUGAGACUGAGUCAGAUGUUUCAUCGUCUUCUUCAGAGGAAAAGAGAAAUGGUUUGAGAGAGAAUGAUCCGAAGUUCUCUGUUCUUCUUGAAGAUGGUGAAAGCGAGACCGAGUCUUCUAGGAAUGUUAUUAACCUGACCCGGAAACGAUCUAAGCGAACUCGGAAACUCGAUUCGUUUGUAGCGAAGAAGGUGAAAACGAGUCAACUCGGUUACAAGCCUGAGUCUGAUCACGAGCCUCCUCAUAGCUCAGCUUCUGAUACAACGACGGAAGAAGAUCUAGCCUUUUGUCUCAUGAUGCUCUCGAGAGAUAAAUGGAAGAAGAACAAAAGUAAUAAAGAAGUAGUAGAAGAGAUCGAGACAGAAGAAGAAUCAGAAGGUUACAACAAGAUUAAUCGAAUAACAACGAAAGGGAGAUACAAGUGUGAGACUUGUGGGAAAGUGUUCAAAUCUUAUCAAGCAUUAGGUGGGCAUAGAGCAAGUCAUAAGAAGAACAGAGUAAGUAACAAAACAGAGCAACGAAGCGAAACAGAGUAUGAUAAUGUUGUUGUUGUUGCUGAGAAGAGAAUCCAUGAAUGUCCGAUAUGUCUUAGAGUUUUUGCAUCGGGACAAGCACUUGGAGGUCAUAAGAGAUCUCACGGGAUUGGGAAUUUGUCUGUGAAUCAGCAUCAUCAAGUUCAUAGAAACGAGUCUGUGAAACAGAGGAUGAUAGAUCUUAAUCUUCCUGCACCAACCGAAGAAGACGAUGUCUCUGUGGUGUUUCAAUGAAUGCUGAAUAAAGGUAACAGACUUUGCGUGAUUCGGGUCGUCCAAAUUUUCGUAAAGUUUGAAUCUUUUUUUUUUUUACUAUUAUUAUUUUUGGGGUCGAGCUAGAAAAAAAAAAAGAUAAUGUUUAUUUUAAAUGCAAAGGAGGCUACUUUUACAUGUU